CUUUACCAAAAUUCAUAAUUCUCAACAAAAGUUUAGCUCUAAUGUCAUCUUCUCAAAUAUUUUCAGUUCCAGAUCUUCAAAAAGUGGCGGGAAAUCCUUCAUUGCCCCAAAUUUUUCUUUUCGAAAUUAGUUUUCACGCUCAAUUUUUUCCCGCCGGAACAGAAGAAUCUCCACAACAAAUAACACUUCCCAAUCCAGAAAUGCAAGCCCUUCUUCGUCUCUAGCGUCUCCCCAUUUGUUUGGUACAUCGUUUUGACCAAUUUCCUCCUUCUGCCGUCUGUAUUUGAACCUGGGUUUUGAAGGUUUUGCUCUCAGAGACAAUGGGGAGCAAGAAGAGGGCUGCUGCAGAUGAUAACGAACACAGAGCUAAACGGACCAAGUCUCCUGGAGUUCGAGUCGUUGGGGGCCGGAUCUAUGAUUCUGAGCACGGCAAAACUUGUCAUCAAUGCCGACAAAAAACCAUGGAUUUUGCUGCAUCCUGCAUGAACAUGAAAGGGGACAAGCCGUGUACCAUAAAAUUCUGUCACAAAUGCCUCCUAAACAGAUACGGAGAGAAAGCAGAAGAGGUUAUGCUUAGGGAAGACUGGAGUUGUCCCAAGUGCAGAGGCCUUUGCAAUUGCAGCGUUUGCAUGAAGAAAAAAGGUCUUAAGCCCACUGGUUUGCUAGUGCACACAGCCAAAGCAACUGGGUUUUCUUCUGUCUCAGAGAUGCUUCUAGUGAAUGGUUCCGACUGCCUAGAUCAAUACAAGACGACGAUAUGCAAAGUUGCUUCACCAAACAAGCAGACUUCUGAAAACAAGGAGUCUCUCAUGAAUACACCAAGGAAACAAGGGAAGGAAAAUUCUUUAAAUGGAAAUAAUGAAUCGAACUUGAAUUUGCAGAGUCAAACACCAAAUUCUGAUAAAAAGAAGUUGAAGAAAAUGAAGUGUGAAGAAUUGAAAGAAAUAUGCAUUGGAAAUAAGGUUGAUGUUAAAGUCUCAAAGAAGAGCAGUCCAACAAAAUCCAGCUUAGAAGAAAUUUCAAAGGAACAAACUGAAGCAAAUGGGAGAAAUGACUCUCUUCCCUCAAAGAAAAAGGGCUCCACAAAGGGGGCCUCUAAGGAUGCUGCCUCCGAUGUUUGCAAACCCAAGGAUGCUAGAGAAAAAAACAGUUCGUGUCAUGAGGAUGCUAAAGCACCAGAUGCUGUGGAAGAGGAAGACAAGAGGUCCUCAAAGGAUGUUUCUUACCAUCGAAUUAAAGCUGAAGAUACAAAAGAAGUAAAAAAUUUGGACAUUCACAAAUAUGCCAAGACAUCAAAAGAUGCGAAAAAUAAUAAAACAAAGGUGCAUGACAAGCCGCUGACAAAGUCCCGGGAAAAUAAAAAAUGCUCUGUGAAUAUUCAGAACCUGGAACUUGGUGCCUGUGUUUCUUUCCCUCCAGGUUCAAGGUUAACAACUGUAGCAGAUAUUGAACUGGCCACAGAUGAUGUUGGUCAUGCACUGCAGUUUUUAGAAUUCUGUGCAGCUUUUGGAAAGGCUCUUAAUUUAAAGAAAGGGCAUGCCGAGUCUGUACUGAAAGACCUAAUGCGGGAGAGAGCUCAGAGAAGGUGUCGAGUGCAUGAUUCACUCACUGUUCGGUUUCAUAUUCAACUCCUGUCUCUGAUAUUGAAGGAUAUGGAUGAAGAGUCUGAAAUCUCGAGUCCCACAAAUGACAAAAACUCAUGGUUGCUGGCUCUGAAGAAAUGCAUUUCUGCAUCCCCAUUUAAGUUGAAUGAUCUGAAAUCAGAUCACUUUGAUGGAGGUGACAUUUGUUAUGAUGACUUAGACCUCUCAAAAAAGCUCAGACUAUUGACUUACCUAUGCGACGAGGCUCUCAAUACUACAAAAUUGAGAAAGUGGAUUGAAGAACAAAAUACUAACUUUUUGGAGGAACAAAAGGAAGUUAAAGAAAAACUUGCUGCGCUGAAGGAUAAGGAGAAACAAGCUAAGAACAAAAUGCGAGAUGAAUUGGCCAAAGCUCUUAUUGCAAAGAAUGGUGUUCCCCUUUCAAUUGCAGAGCACGAUGCUAUUGUUUCAGAAAUAAAAAGUGACGUAUCUGAAGCUCAGGCCGAGAGGCUUGUUGCAUUGGAAUUGGCAUCUAAGAGGAGACGAAGUUCAGAUGCUACUAGGACAGUUCCCAUCAUGUUGGACGUUAAUGGUCGUGUAUUUUGGAAAUUAAGAGGCUUUGCUGGUGAAGGGAAUAUUCUGCUGCAAGACAUAGAAAGCUGGGAAUCAGUCAAUCCAAGCGAAAAGUGGUUUAUGUAUAAAGACGAGCAGAAACAAGAGAUAGAAAAAUACAUUACUUCUUCAAGGUUGAAGAGGCCUAAGUUAGUGGAAAUAGCUCAAACUCUUCCAGGUGGAGGUAAUGAGACAGCUUCAGUAUGUUGACAUUUUCCAUCUCUGAGCCAUAAGAGUAGUAAUGUCAUCAAGCUUUGAUUUUGUGGAGCAAAUUGCUAAAGCAAAUGAUCUAAAAGGAGAUCUAUUUUUCAAUGUGCUUCUCUUCUAAAUGAGACAUCCAUAUCCCUCUAUUUUGUAACAUCUCAAGAGAAGCUUAAUUCACUGCUAUUUUAGCAGAAGAAAAAAAAGGGAAAAAAGAAAGAAGAUAACCUCCGUUGGAUUUUAGAGGUGUUUUUGUACACUUGAAGUUGCUUCUUAGCAAUUUACUUGUUCCUUUUCCAAACCAUGAUUUGGUAUAGGUUUUGGAGAUAUUUGAAGAGGGAAAUCAUUUAGGACAUCACUGGUAUCCAAUGUAUUGUUGUUUCUUUUGAACACUGAUGUGUAAUUUCACAAAUGUUUUUUGGAAUUUAUUAGAAUGGGCUCUUACUAA